CAGAGCCGUAAAAACAUAAAAAAAAACUGACACAAAUAUUUUUAGGUUAUAAUAUAACCUGUCAAUGUGUAAACAUUUGCAUUUAAAGUUUAUUUACGUUUUAUGGAGUCUUCUGGCGAAAGUUUUACAUGGACAGAUGCUUCAAGUGAUUCAUGUGAUAUGAUUCCUGGAGAUAAUAACACUGACCAUGGUUCUGAUAAGGGUUCCAAAAGGGAUAAAGGCAGAGAGACAUGUGAGAUACAGCAUAAAGAAAAAGAGACUAAGAAAAAGAAACGAAGAGCCUCACAAAUGUUAGAAACCAGCCCUAUUAAUACAGAUAAAAGUAUAAAAGCUGAACUUGAAAGUGAUUUAGAGGCACCCAAGAAGAAAAAGAAGCGGAAAAAUACUGAAAGUCAAGAUUGUUUGGAACCAUCGCAGGAUUCACUUCUGGCUGAGGAUUAUCUGAACUUAAGAGUUAAACAGGAGCAACUAUCAUUUGUUGAGCCGGAACCUGUCAAAAAGAAGAAAAAAAGCAAAAAAGAAAAACUAGCAAAGUCGGAGACACAGGAUUCCGAAUCCACCGAUACAUCUAGUAUAAGAUGUGAAGUUAAUAAUACAUAUGAUGAUAAUUCACUAAAUAAUUUUGAUGAAACCAUUAUAGAAAUAGAUAAAUUCGAAGCUGAAGAAACCGUAGUGCAGAGCAAGAAAAAGAAAAGCGAAGAUUUUACAUCUAAUACAAGUGAAAAUGACAGGAUGUCAUUAGAAAUAUCAACAGAGAAACUGUUAAGCAAUAAUCAGAGCGGGAAAGAAUCACAUUCCGUUACAAACGGGUAUCUUGAAUGUGAGUCCGACUUUGAACCGAAAAUAAAAUUGAAGCCGGCACCGCAAAUAAAAUCAGCGAAAACUAAAAAGAAAUCGCUCGAAAAGGAGUUGAGUGCUAAAACAACACGAAUUUCAGAUAAAAUUACAUAUGACGAUGAAGGGAGUGCUGAUGCAGUAAAUGCAGUGACGGGUCCCUCAAAACAACUCCAACAAUUUUUAAACAUGAAUCCAAACCUCAAGCCUUACACCCCUGACAUGCGAGAGGAAGAUAUAAUAACAGGCGAUGAUGAAAUUUGGGUACUCAGAGUACCGAAAGAAAUUGAUAUCAAGGCGUUUAGGGAUCUAAAUAUAACUUUAGCUGCGAAGUUGAAGGUCAAAAUUAAUGGACAUUCAUAUGACGGUUCCAUUGAAAACCAUUUAUCCCAAGUACCUUUGCUAUGUCACGGCAGAAAAAACUCCUAUAUUAAGAAUAUGCCCUGUAUGGGAGAAAUAAGUUUACGUAAAAGGAUACCUAAGGCCCAUAUACCUCAGGAAUCCUGUAUGGUGAAUAAUCAAACAAAUUUCAUACCCCUGCCGGAGACCAAGUGCCGACACCCAUUGUUCGGCUUAAAUUAUAAAAAGGCUAUCAAAAUACCGAGCGCGAUCGCUGAGCGAUUGAAUGGGAGCGUCGAUAAUCAUGCAUCAGAGUUGUUUAAUGGUAAAAAAGAAAAGAAAAGAAAGCAAAAGAAGGAAAAGAGAAAGACCGAAAAGGAAUCGGACACCGAGGUGAAUACUACAGAGUACAAUGCCAGUGAAGCACAGGAAUUAAGUAGUAAAAAUAAAAGGAAAAGGAAGAAUAGUGAAGACGUGACCAAAACAAAGAAAUCGAAACGUGCCAAACUAGAUCUAGACUCGGCAGAAGCCUGGGAGUCGGAACGAGCCAUUGAAGAAAAUCUAUUCAAUUUUUAAUAUAAAUAUAUACUAUACAUU